GGACAUUUUCUACAUAUUCAGAAGUUAUCUGACGGUUUUUACAAACCUCAUAUGCCUAAUAUGUGGUCAUCAUCCGUCUUACCAUCUGACGAACCUGAUUAUAGACUUGUGCACUAUCCAGCAUCUAGCACAUCACAACAAUCCUCUUUUCUUCAAUCGGCAGCAACUACUAUCACCCCAAGUCGGCUUGACGAACCUGCACUUGAAAUUCCACCACAGUUGCAGCAGCUAUUAGCACAACCUAGUUCACCUUCUGCCACUACACCUGAUUUAGGAAAUCAGUCACCAAUUGAAGCUCACAGCCCGCUGCUCAUGCCUACAGAUCACGUUGGUCCAUCAGCAAGUUCCUUAAGUCUUAGCUCUGCACCAUCUUCGGCAAACUCCUUACAGGAUACCCUUUAUAUUGAUCUUCCAUUGGAUGCACCUCCACUGAACUCAGAGCCUACACAGUCAUUGGAUACUCAUUCCACCACAAAUAUUCAUCUGAUGCUUGCUAGGGAAAAGGCACGAGAUCAGCAAACUCUUCUUGCUCAACUUGAUCCUACUGAACCCAAGACCACUAAAAUAGCCCUUCAGCGCCCACAUGGGUAGCAGCUAUGCAUGAUGAACUGCAAGCCCUCCAUGGCAAUCACACAUGGAUCUCAGUGCCUUGUCAGCCAGACGUGAACAUUAUUGGUUGCCGGUGGGUGUUUAAGGCCAAACUUGAUGGUUCCAUUGAGCGUUUCAAGGCAAGGUUAGUUGCCAAAGGUUACAAUCAAAUAUAAGCUAUUGAUUUGGAUGAGACCUUUAAUCCAGUUAUUAAACCCACUACAAUUCGGUUAGUUCUAUCCGUUGUUCUUACUG